AUGGAGACUCCAACGCCAAAGAGAACGAUCAAGGCCCUCUCACCAAGAUCCAAGAUUCCUGUCAAGACUCCCAUCAAACUCCCCAUCAAACUCCAGCAUAACACCAGCUAUGCCCAAAUCACCUAUUUCCAGGUCCCCGACAAGCUGCAGCGAGCACCCUCACUCAAGAGCCUGGACAUCACGCGCCUCCCUGACGACCUCAAGCUCAUUGGGCCCGAAAACUGGGCGCCAUGGUCCAGCGCCAUGAUGGCCGUCGCCGAGCUCUCGGGCUUCGACACGGCGGUGCUGGAAGAGAUGCCGCAGGCGGUGCAUGUGAGCUGCUGGCAUAAUAGCCAGAAGACGAGGGAGCAGGUGCGUGAGGGCAAGAUGCUGGGGCUGUUGAUCAAGUUCAACAUCUCGGCGCAUAUGAACGACUUGGUGAGCUUGACUAUGGACGGCUAUGAGGUGUGGAAAGUGCUCAAGCUCUAUUGCGCGAGGUUUGUGGAGACGGAUCCGUCGAGGAUGCUCAAGAGGAACGGAGGCUGCAUCCGCAUUUCGUGA